AUGUUUGAGAAGCAGAGGAGGGAUUUAGAUCUGAAAGCUGGUGCAGGGCAUAGAGGGAUACAGAAUCUUAUGGGGAAACGGAAUCUCUUACUACAGGGGCACAACGGGACUAUUCCAUUUGCAACAAAGAGACCGAUUGAAGGGGGAACAGGAGAUAUGUGCUUACCAAAGAAGCCACAUUUUGGAAAUAAUGCAUUAUUCAACUUAGCAUUUUUAAAUCACAAAAUGAUUGUGAGGAUACUUCUGCUUAUUUCUAUCGUUCAAUGUUCAAUACAAAAGGAAGAAGAAGACUAUGAAGAUGCACCGUCUAAUAAGACAUGGCUUUUAACAAGAAAGUUUCAUAAUAACGAUGUCACUUCAAUCUUAAAUGGACUUCUUAAAGGAUAUGACAACAAGCUCCGACCAGACAUUGGAGUUAAACCAACAGUAAUUCAAACAUAUAUGUACGUAAACAGCAUAGGGCCAGUGAAUGCUAUAAAUAUGGAAUACACAAUUGAUAUAUUUUUUUCUCAGUCCUGGUAUGAUAGACGACUGAAAUAUAACAGCACGAUGAAAGUAUUAAAACUCAACAGCAAUAUGGUUGGUAAAAUCUGGAUACCAGACACUUUUUUUCGUAACUCCAAAAAAGCAGAUGCCCACUGGAUUACAACACCCAAUCGAUUGUUGAGGAUAUGGAAUGAUGGAAGAGUCUUGUAUACCCUUAGGCUUACAAUUGAUGCUGAGUGCCAAUUGCAGCUUCAUAACUUUCCAAUGGAUGAACAUUCUUGCCCCCUUCAAUUUUCAAGCUAUGGAUAUCCUAAAGAAGAAAUUAUUUAUCAGUGGAAAACCAGUUCAGUUGAUGUGGGAGACAUCAGAUCUUGGAGACUUUAUCAGUUCUCAUUUGUUGGGCUAAGAAAUAACACCAAUGAAGUGAAGACAACAUCAGGAGAUUAUGUUGUAAUGACAGUGUACUUUGAUCUAAGUAGGAGAAUGGGAUAUUUCACUAUUCAAACCUAUAUUCCUUGUACACUUAUUGUUGUUCUCUCAUGGGUAUCAUUUUGGAUCAACAAAGAUUCAGUACCAGCAAGGACAUCAUUAGGUAUUACAACAGUAUUGACAAUGACCACUCUUAGUACAAUUGCACGAAAAUCUCUACCUAAGGUGUCUUAUGUGACAGCUAUGGACCUCUUUGUGUCAGUCUGCUUUAUUUUUGUGUUUGCUGCUUUGAUUGAAUAUGGAACACUUCACUAUUUUGUCAGUAACAGAAAGCCAAGCAAGGACAAAGAAAAAAAGAAGAAAAAUCCUCUUCUCUGGAUGUUUUCCUUCAAGGCACCAACCAUUGAUAUUCGUCCACGUUCAGCAACUAUUCAGAUGAAUAAUGCUUCACACCUGCAAGAGAGAGAGGAAGAAUAUGGAUAUGAAUGUCUUGAUGGAAAAGAUUGUGCUAGUUUCUUCUGCUGUUUUGACGACUGUCGAACUGGUGCAUGGAGGCAUGGAAGAAUACACAUUCGUGUUGCCAAAAUGGACAAUUACUCACGGAUUUUCUUCCCAACUGCCUUCUGCUUGUUUAAUUUGGUUUAUUGGGUAUCGUAUAUGUACCUUUAAAACUCAACAACAUAUCAUGAAAAUGGAAAAUUGACAUGGGCCUUAAAACAAUAUACAUUUUACACACAAAAUUAAAUAUAGGAAAAUGAUUUUCCAUAAACUGAAUACAAAAAUUAACAAAGUGGUUGGGAUAAUAUAAAAUAUUUUUAAGAAAUGCAAUGCUCUAUAUAAAUGCGCCAUCCUUCUGUCUGGUUAUUGUUGUUAUUAUAAACAUAUGAAUUCCUUUUUUUUUAAAAAUUAUUAUUUAUUUCAAGUAUGUCAAUUUUUAGUUUAAAACAAAAUAUAUUAAUUUGC